GCGAGCGAGAGAGCGAGAGAGAGAGAGGAGUGAGGGGGGACGUGCGACACGCAAGAGCAUAUAUUCCUCUGCAGAAGAUCCAUUGAUGAAGCGAACGCCUGUGUGCUGGACCCAAACGGGCUGCGCUCGCGAACGUCCGCCGUGGACCGCGCUGUAACGCCAUCUCUGCGCACGCCGCCCCCCCAGGGACGCCGCCGCCUCCCGAGACCCCCGGCCGCUAGCGACGCAUCGCCGGCACCCCGACCCCGGCGCAGGGAUGCUCUAGAGCUCCGCGCAUCUCCUGGCUGCCUUGGGGGGCAUGUGAGAGGGGGCGGGCCCCCCCCCGCGAGCAGCCCGUGACGUGGGGCUGCGGGACCGUCUCCCGUGCGGUCGGGCAGCACGCAGCCGGACACGCUGGGGUCCACGGAGCGCUCGGGGCCCCGGGAAGCGGCGAUGAAGAUGGUCAACAGUGACAAGAACGGAUUCUCCUUCAAGAAGUGCUCGGCGUUCCAGUUCGUCAAGAGGAAGGUGCGCCGAUGGAUCCGCAACCCCAAGGUAAACAUGGAGAAGGGCCAAAGAGCAGGCUUCCUUUACCCAAAACCAACGUGUCCCCUGGAGCAGCAGCUCUGGUGUCCCCAGGCACCCCCAUAUGGCUGUUGCCAUGGUUACUGCCCACAGGAUGAGCCCCCCUGCACAGUGGACAAGAGCAAGAGCUGCAAAGUCAGGAAAUGGAAGAUGCUUAACCGUCACCAUGGAGACGCGAAGCAGAAGGCUGCUUGCCAGGAGCAGGAAGUAGAGGAGCACGCCAUCUGCCCCUGGUCUGUGAGGGCCACCCCGCUGCUGGCCACCCCCAUCAUGAUGGAGUGCUGCAUCUGCAGCGGCCCCGUCGUCACCUACGCCACGGAGGAGGCGUGGCAGCCCAGGGAGCGGACGCAGGCCAUGGACCUGUAUUAUUCCAGUGUCCCGGAGAUCAACUACUGCUGCUCCACAGACUCAGCUUUCAUGAAACAAAGAAGAAUGGGCCUGAAUGACUUCAUCCAGAAGCUGGCCACCACCUCCUACGCCUGCAAACAUCCAGAAGUCCAGUCCAUCCUGAACAUGGGAACACCUCAGGAUGCAGAGCUUAUCAACACCAACUCUUCCCCUCCCCCCAGUCCAUCGCAGCAGAUUAACCUCGGGCCGUCUUCGAACCCCACCGCAAAACCCUCGGACUUCAACUUCCUCAAGGUGAUCGGGAAAGGCAGCUUCGGCAAGGUGCUCCUUGCGCGACACCGCACCGAUGACCAGUUCUACGCAGUGAAGGUGCUUCAGAAGAAGGCCAUCCUGAAGAAGAAAGAGGAGAAGCACAUCAUGUCAGAGCGGAAUGUCCUCCUAAAGAAUGUGAAGCACCCCUUUUUGGUGGGACUACACUACUCGUUCCAGACCACAGACAAGCUCUACUUUGUCCUGGACUACAUCAACGGCGGGGAGCUAUUCUACCACCUCCAGCGGGAGCGCUGCUUUCUGGAGCCACGCGCACGCUUCUACGCGGCCGAGAUCGCUAGCGCGCUCGGCUACCUGCACUCCCUCAACAUUGUCUACAGGGACUUGAAGCCCGAGAAUAUCCUGCUGGACUCCCAGGGCCACAUCGUGCUGACCGACUUUGGCCUGUGCAAGGAGAACAUCGAGCCCAAUGGCACCACCUCCACGUUCUGCGGCACCCCAGAGUAUUUGGCCCCCGAGGUUCUGCACAAGCAGCCGUACGACCGCACCGUGGACUGGUGGUGUCUGGGGGCCGUGCUGUACGAGAUGCUCUAUGGCCUGCCUCCCUUCUACAGUCGCAACACGGCCGAGAUGUACGACAACAUCCUGAACAAACCGCUGCAGCUGAAGCCCAACAUCUCGAAUGCGGCGCGGCAUCUGCUGGAGGGCCUUCUGCAGAAGGACCGGAGCAAGCGCCUGGGUUGCAGCCAAGACUUCGUUGAGAUCAAAGACCACAUGUUCUUUUCUCCGAUCAACUGGGACGACUUGAACGCCAAGAAACUUACACCUCCUUUCAACCCCAACGUGAGCGGUCCCAAUGACCUGCGCCACUUCGACCCCGAGUUCACCGAUGAGCCCAUUCCCAGCUCUAUUGGCUGCUCACCAGACAGCACCCUGGUCACGGCAAGCGUCCAGGAGGCGGCCGAGGCCUUUCUCGGCUUCUCCUAUGCGCCCUCCAUGGACUCCUACUUAUAGGGGCCUGGGCCUGAGCAGAGGAGCAGGUCCACUUGGACAACCCACAAGGGCAACUAUUUGCACAUGGCUUGAGGCAGCUGGGUAGUUUGGCUGGAAAAAAGAAAUGCAAAUAAACAAAAUGACGUCUCCCACAAGCACAGUUCCCAGCCCCAACACGCAGGACCUGUGCUAGGUGCCAUUGCUGGGGACGCCCCGCAGUCAGGACCUCCUACCUGUGCAGUUUUCAUUCUCUCGUUUCCAUGCCCUCAAGAGAAGGAACCCCGGAAAUGGAAUGUAAACUGGAAGACAUUGUGCAACUCUUGGUCCCAGCAGAAGUAGUCAGACCUCACCCGGACCUGUUUGCUCCCUAAGACCUCCUCCGUUCGAUCGUGGAACGCACAUCCGCAACCCAGACUACCGAUCCACUCCUUCCAUGGGCGGAGGACAUCUCCUCAUUCCACAUCGGUCACUCGGUGAAACACCGGCACAGUGUUGCUGCUCUCGGUGGUGUAAAUAAGGACCUGGACCAAAACACCUAGAGGGCCUCUCCCUCCAUGGCCUGCCUCC